AUGCAAAAGAGUUGGGGGUUUCGAAUGCCACCUGGAAGCAGAGCUCAUGUCUCAUGCUUCAAAUGUCGCGAGAGCAUAGACUGCCACUAUCCCCAGCACCGAGGCCAAAAAAAACCCUCCCCGAUUGAUGAUGUCGCAGCCGCAAGGGCUUCGGAGACCACUCAACCUGAAAAAGCACAAGAUUUGGUCAGCGCGGAGGCAAUUCGCUUUCUGGCCCCGGACCUCUUUCGCGACAUGAAUCUACAGGUCCCGCGUCUUGGUUGGGAGAUGCCCGCGGAAAUUGAGGCACAGUUGGAAGGCCGGCAACAGAUGCAACAGACGACCAAGGCGUUCUUGCUAUUGACCAAAUCAUGGAUGCCUAUAGUCAAUGGGAAGCGACACCUGGCUGCCGUGUUAAAUCCCCUGGUUCCACUCCGCCGCCCAACAGCCCUCUUAGCGCUGUGCAUGAAGCUAUGCUGCCUGUCUGUUGACAAAGUCGAGGAGAAGCGGGUAUUAUAUAGCCUUGUGAAGAAGUUCUAUGCUGAGGUUGAGAGCCAAGAGGAUCCCUGCAUCCAAGUCAUGCAGUCGGCAGUCUUCAUCGCUGUUUUUGAAAUGGGCGAUGCAAUUUUCCCGGCUGCUUACUUGACUGUCGGGGCCUUAGCGAGGUAUGGUAUGGCUAUCGGGAUGGAUAAGAUCAAUCACCACGCGCUGGGUAAGAGCUGUGGUGCAGCCGUAGGCGCAUCGUGGGCGGAUAUCGAGGAGAUGAGGAGGGUUUGGUGGGGAGCGUUGAUCCUUGACCGGUUGCUCAAUGUAUCUCAACCUUCUCGUGGCCUCAGCACGGCUGAUCCCUCCUUCGAGGACUUUCUCCCCGUCGACGAUGAGAUCUUUUACAACCAAUCAUCUUCACCCGAACAUGCCACUCGCAUAUCUGAAGGUUUCACCUUCAAGAUGGGAUCCUUCGCAAGGCUAUGUCAAGCCAUGCACCUCAUCAGCAAAUCCCUCUCAUUCUGCCGCAGUGCCCAUAAUAGCAGUGACCAAGUUCCACAGAGCAAUCCGCUUGAGGAACACUAUUGGCGACAACCUGGCCACGAGUCGGAACAAGACUCGACACCUAAUAUCUUCCCAGAAACAAUUUCAGCCCUCGAAACUUUAGUUCGCAUCUCGGCGACCCUGCGCGAGGGUGGUUACGAGCUAUGGCAACAUCUUGAAGAUGGUCGCUGUUCUCUCUUCCUGGUCGAACUGGUUUACCAAGGCUUGCUGGUUCUCCUACGCAUGGGUAAAGUCUGGCUUGCAGAGGAGGUACAGAGCAAAAAGUUAUCAUUGGCCUGGCUGCUUUCGCAUAUGGGGAAGCGGUGGCCACUCGUCGCUGUGUAUAAGCGUAUCUUAGAGGCUAGGGAGAGUAUACUGGCUGUUGAAGAUGCUUUGACAUAG